GUGGCGAAUGGUACGGAUUAUUGUGACGACUUUUUAUGUUGGGAUGUUGGACUGCCGCAUGCUGGGUGCAAUCACACGGGCAAACCAGCUGAUGUGUGUCAAAAAUUCAAAAUGAUUUCUAUGACGAACGAAAGAAAGGCGAUUCUCUUGGAUGAGCAUAAUCGACUUCGUAACAAAAUUGCUGCGGGCGAAGAAAAACAGAGCAAGGAUGGACUAUUGCCGCCCGCUAGCUCAAUGAAUAUGCUGAUAUGGGAUGAUGAACUUGCAUACCUUGCGCAAUUGAACGUGAUGAGCUGUAUCAUGCGACAUGAUUGUGCCAGGACAGAUAAAUUUCCGCAUGCAGGACAAAAUUUAGGAAGCGUUUGGUCAACAUCGCUGGAUUAUUUUCAAGUUACUGACCCACUGUUAGUUGACAUCAUCAGACGAUGGUAUGAUGAAGUGGCAGAUUGCGAGCUUUCACUUCUACAAAGCUACCACAAUAUUGAAGAUGGCAUCCAAAGAGGUCAUUUCACCCAAUUGGUUCGCGAUGAGGCUACUCACAUGGGCUGCGCGGUAUCCUUCUUCCUGCAACCUCACCCAGAAUUCGGUUUGGUCCAUGCGCUGCUAAUGGCAUGCAAUUAUUCCGAAGGAAAUCUUUUAGAGGCACCAACGUAUGCGAUUGGACAACCAUGUUCUAAAUGCAAAAAGUGUAAUAAAAAGUAUUUAUCAUUAUGUGAGCAGUCAUAA